AUGAAGGAUGGUGAACAUGUAAUAUGGAAUGAACAUGAAUUUAUAGAAAGGAUUUAUUCAAUAAUAGAUGAAAUUUUAAGAAAUAAAAGUUACUCCAAUAAUGAAAUUAACCAGUGGUCUAAUGAUAUAUGUGAAAUGUGUAUGAGUUACCUGUACUCAAAAAUGCUCCCAUUCAAAUAUAUCAUAAGUUGUUAUAUUUUGAAAAAUACCAACAAAGAAACGUCUAUCCAUUAUUCAACUUAUUGGGACAAAGCAGACAGAUGUUUUCAAAUAUGUUGGCCUAAUAAUAUGAAAGACUGUAAUAUGAUUUGUUAUGUUAAUAUUUAUACACUAGAAAUAUAA